AUGCCAGACACCUCCGAGGUCAGGGUGGUUGGGGUAGAUGUCGGAGGAACAAACACGGAUGCUGUCAUCCUAAAUGGGAAUGAAGUCAUUGGAUGGCACAAAGCACCGACAACUAAGGACAUUCAUUCUGGAGUUACGGAGUCCAUUAUCGAGGCCCUGAAAAUGGCGAAUGUGCCCGCUGCCUCCAUUAUGGCUAUCAAGAUUGGGACAACGUCCGUCGUGGAGGGCUACUAUGCUUACCUCGAUGGUGGCUACCAAAUUGAUGGACAGGAGAUAAGUGCAGUGUCGAAUGACCAACUCCGAGCCCACGCUCGCAAGAUAAUGGAGCUGGGAAUCCACGCCAUCACAAUUGUGGGAGUCUACUCGCCCUCGUAUAGGAAGCAAGAAGACGAUGCCGCCCGGUUCUUGGCUGAAGAGAUGGGCCCUGGCUUCGACAUUUCUUGCUCCCACUCCAUUGGCCAAGCCGGCUUCCUUGAACGAGAGAACGCCGCAAUCCUCAAUGCCAGCAUCCGCCGCUUCUCGCGCCAGGUCGUCCGCAGCCUUGACAAGGCAACCAGGUUCCUCGUCAACGCCGGCCUGUACAUCACUCUCAAUGACGGCACACUCGCACGCGCCUCGUACGCUGCUGCGAAUCCACUUCGAUGUUUCUCAUCCGGGCCGACGAAUAGUGCGCGGGGAGCCGCGUUCCUGGCUCGAGAGAUGGUAGCUACCAGCACGGAGAAUGGCCGUGACCUAUUGGUCAUUGACGUGGGCGGGACUACAACAGAUGUGUGCAGUCUCCUGCCGAACGGCUACCCUCGACAAUCGGCGGCCUGUGUAAAGGUUGCAGGUGUCAAGACCAAUUUCUCCAUGCCGGAUGUUCACAGCAUUGCCCUAGGGGCAGGUUCUAUCAUCAGAAACCACGAAUCGCAAGUUUCCGUUGGUCCUGACUCUGUGGCUUUGGAAGAGUCAACAAAGGCCCUCCACUCCGGCGGCCCGGUCUUUACAGCCGGAGAUCUUAAACACCUCCAACCUGACGACCUGCAUCAACGAGGAAUAGCCUUCCAGACUAUUGAUGCGGCGAAAGGCGUAAUUCAACGGUUGAUAGAGGACUCUGUGACUGCUUCAAAGACAAAAGUGGAGGAUGCUACCGUCCUUCUUGUAGGCGGAGGCAGCUUCAUCCUCCCCGAUCGUAUCGAGGGGACAGAUUAUGUGGUCCGGCCGCCUUUCUACCAGGUGGCCAACGCAGUGGGAGCCGCGAUUGGCAAGAUUAGUAGCACUUUCGACAAGCUCAUCAAACCUGGCGACCGCAGUAUCCGCGACAUUGUGGCGGACGGGAAGCGGCAGGCCGUCGCAAUGUGCGAGCAGGCCGGUGGCGACCCAUCGGACGUCGAGAUUGUGGAAUUGGACACCAUUCCCGAGCCAUACGCCAUGGACGGCACCUUCCGCCUCGUGGUCCGCGUGGUCUCCACCAUCAAAGAUGUCGCUGCCCUUGGUCGCAACCAUACGGAGACUGAAGACAUGGACUAUGACCAAGACUUGUCCUCUACAACUGCAGGUCACUUGCACGAUGGUGAAAGUACCUAUGCUGACAGCAGAGCACAACACUCCCAACUAGACGUGCAAGGUUACCGCCCGGAUAUCCAAAACGGCGUUUGGACUGUUUCGGAGACAGACAUCGAGCUUCUGAUAGCUGGCACUGGGGUGUUGGGGGGAUCCCCGUCGGUGUUUGUGGAACGACUGCCAGCCGGAAACGAGACAAAAGAAGCAAUGUAUGCUACGUUGGAUUGUGCCGGCAUACCCAACUUCUCCCAUAUUGUCCCGACAGAGAUCGGCGGCAUCAAUGCACUCGAGGCGUUACUUUCAGGCGCACUACUCGAUAAGACAGUCCUGGAUGCCGACCUUAUGGGACGUGCUUAUCCCCACGUGUAUAUGACCGUGCUGGGAGUCUACGGCAAGAAGCUGACCCCUGUGGCUCUUUCGGAUGGUAAUGGUAACAUCGUGCAAAUCAAGACGGCCAGAGAUGACUGGCACCUAGAGGAGCUGGCGCGGGCUGCUUGUGGGGCCAUGAAGUCCAUUGCCGGUAUGUGUCUGGCGCCAUUGGUUGGCGGCGAGAGCAAGAUGUUUGUUCAGAACAGUUACUCUUCCAAAAUCAAUGUCGCCCGGGCAAUUGUCGAGCCAGCAAACGGGGAUGUCCUGUUCUCGGGAAAGAUCCAUUCCGUGUCGAGGAAGGUUGCUGACAGCCUGACCAAGGGAAUCUGCGUAAUUCGACCAGAAGGAUCCCAUGGUCUGGAGACUGAUGAUGAUGACGAAUACCUUGAACUGAUCUUCACCAACGAAUUCUCAGCCGCAGUCCUCAAGAGGAAAGAGGGCGAUGGUUAUGUUGACCAAUAUUUGGCUGCUAGUCCAGACUUGAUCUGCAUGCUUGAUGGGGCUGAUGGAAUGCCGAUUGGCGUCACGGAAGUCCGCUACGGCUUGCGUGUAGAUAUCAUUGCAAUGCCCGCCCCUGCUGUCUGGUACACGAAGGAAGGUCUGAAGAGGGCAGGCCCUACUGUCUUUGGGCUGCCUGAUGUGCGCAGUGAGGUAGGAAGAAAAACUGCAAGGUCAUGGCCAUCCAUCUUCGCCAUCUACGAAUAG